AAUAAGAAGGUUUCAUAUGGAGGCAUAGUCUCUGUUUCAGAGCAAAUGAAGCUUCUUAUAAAAUACAAGCAUUGGUAUUAUGUGUAAUGAGUUCUUGUGCUAAGUGCAAUCAUUCCUUUUACAGCUGUUACUUCAAACUUUAUAUUAAGGCAGUGAAAAACACACAUGAUUCUUAAUAAGCUGUUUAGUAUAUUUUUUUUUGAGAGGUAUCCAUCUUUAGAGAUCCAUGUCUGUUCAACCUGAUUCCAAAAUCAGUAACUCCACCUUUCUCCUUACGGGUUUCCCUGGCCUGGAACGGGAAUAUCCUUGGCUCUCCAUUCCUUUCUCCUGUAUCUAUGCUAUGGUACUCUUAGGGAAUUGCCUGGUGUUGCAUGUGAUCCGGACCGAGCCCAGCCUACAUGAGCCCAUGUUCUACUUCCUGGCCAUGUUGGCCCUCACUGACCUGUGCAUGGGGCUGUCCACAGUGCACACGGUGCUCGGGAUCCUGUGGGGCUUGAGCAGGGAAGUCAGCCUGGAUGCCUGCAUUGCCCAAACUUACUUCAUCCAUGGUCUGUCCCUCACAGAGUCUGGAGUCCUUCUUGCCAUGGCCUUUGAUCGCUUUACUGCCAUCUGCAAUCCUCUGAGAUAUACAUCCAUCCUCACCAAUAUGAGAAUCAUCACCAUUGGUGUGGCCAUUUUAGGGAGGAGUUUCCUGUUCAUUACCGCUCCCAUUGUCCGCCUAAAGUUCUUCGAUUACUGCCAUCCUCAUAUCCUCUCCCAUUCCUUCUGCCUGCACCAAGACUUACUUCGGCUCGCCUGCUCCGACAUCCGCUUCAACAGCUUCUAUGCGUUAGCCCUGGUGAUCUGCACACUCUUUUUGGAUUCGGUGCUCAUUCUCAUCUCCUACAUCGCGAUCCUGCAUUCAGUCUUGACUAUUGCAUCCCGGGACGAGCGGCUCAAGUCCUUGAAGACCUGUGUCUCCCACAUCUGUGCUGUUCUGGUUUUCUAUAUCCCAAUUAUUGGUUUGACUAUGGUGCACCGCUUUGGAAAGCACCUCUCUCCUGUGGUCCAUGUCCUCAUGGGCAAUAUCUAUAUCCUUUUCCCACCCUUGAUGAACCCUAUCAUCUACAGUGUCAAAACCCAACAAAUACGUAGCAGGAUCCAGAGAUGGUUCGCUAAACAAAACUGAGUACUAGAAGUUAGUGUGUUCUAAGGAAGGGAAGGUCGUACUUGCAAGAGGAACGACUGAUAAGGAUUUGUAGCAGAAAUAAUAAAUGUAUAUGUAAUGUUUAACAGAUUAAAGGCAUAUUUAUAGUCAUUUCUUAAUUUAGUUUUCCAGAGCCGGAGAAAUAAGCAGAGAAAGUGUUACUGAUCUCAUUUCCUAAUUUUAAAAUUAAG